GUAAUCCCGAUUAUUGCUGACUUAAGCAUCGGAGUGUCUAUCCCGAGGAUCCACCUCGGGGCUUUGCAGGUUAAUCCAGAGUGCAGAUACGGACUGAAGAAGGACUUCCGGUUUGGUGCAGUUACAAAGUCCACACAAGAUUACAACUUCCCUGCCGCAUUUUCGUUGUAUUCAAUGAAAAGCAAUACUGAAAAAUGAUGUCCAAACUCAAAACAGAAGUAAGAAGAGCAGAGAUUUUAAUAUGCAAGA